UAAAUAUUUGUUGCAUUUGGUGGAGGCGGUGCGUAUACGUAACAUUGCGAACUACAGCUUCCUUCCGGUUGAAUGACCAUAUAAAACGCGUCAAUGUUGUUGCCCCCGUUAUAUAUAUAUAUGUAGAAAAAUAGCAGUUGUGAGUGCAUACACAGUGCUUGUGCGAGAAAGUGAGUGAGAAACCUAAGCGAAUAAGCGAAAAGCGUAGGAAGGCAGAUGCAGUGCUAGCUAAGGCAACAAGCAACCUAGAAAAUACGGCGGAAAAGCUAACACACACACACACAUAAAAACUAAAUAUAUAUUAGUCUACACACUUGAAGYAUAUACACGUAUGUACAUGUGUGCCAUAAAAGCCAAGCUAACGAGUGCAAGUAGGAACGAAUAACUGUAUGCGCCACGGUCGUUGCAAGUCAAGAUACAUGCCACAGCCAGCGUCAGGCAGCAAUUGAAAACCGAAAGAAAAGUGAAAUUYUAUUGUAUGCGAAUGUAAAACGGGUCGAGAAAGAAUCGCAAAYGACACACACGCACACAUACACACAGACGGAAAAAUAUUGGUAAAAUUGUCAUUAUAAAUCUAACGUCGCAGACGCUCGGCAAACGAAAAGUCAGGCAAAAAAACAAUAGAAAAGCAGUAAGUGUAAGAAAGUGAGGUGUUGGUGCGACAGUUCGAGCAGUGGCGGCAGCAGACGACAGCAGCUUUUACGCUCAAAGUGCUAUAAAUUAACGUACGACGACCUUAAACGAAGUUCAGACAGCCAAAAGCAAAGGACAGCAGCCGUAGACGCCCACAACUAAGCCGGUUGCAAACGCUGCAGAGACGUUGUGUGUGUGCAGAAGAAGUAGCAGCAGCAUUUUAGCAACAGAUUUACCUUGCAAGCUGGUGUUGCACGAGCGACGGAGCCGCCGACGCCGUUUGUUGACACUCUCACUAAAGAUAAAUCAAUAAGUGGAAAAGUACAAGUGCAACCACGCACRCAUACAUACAUAUAAAGAUAAUACACACACUUGGUGCACAUAUUAAAGUCACAAACACACACAUGCAACGGGUGAGUGGUGUACCCGUGCAGCAGUUUUAAGUGCAAAAGUAGCAGYAGCAGCAAAAUAUUUGAAUUGCUUCGGAAACCAAACGUCCAGGCGCGCCAAAACCAGUCGUCCACUCAGCAAGCCAGCCAGAGAGUGGCCUUCAACACCGCACCGCACCACAUCAACUAAGCAGCAACGUCCACUCUUGUUUUUAAUAGUGUCAAGCAAACGGGCGCCCAGUUGUCGCCAAGCGAGCGAACGACUACUAACCCAGCUAUCUAAGUAGUUGACGCUGCCAGAGUAAAGCAGCAACAACAGCAGCAGCAGCAGCAGCAGCAAUAGCAGUUGUUUUAAUAGUUUUCGAGUAGCAACCGGCAAAAUUCAUUCGCAAAUUAUGCUGGCCAUGUCAACACUGAUGAUGCCAGCUCCCACCAUAGCGAUGGGRGCGCCGCCGCCGAUUACAAUGGGACCACAUAAGCCACCGGAAACGAAACUGCUCGCCAUACAUCCGGCUGCUGUUGCGGCAAAUGGUGCUGGUGGCGUCGGCCAGCAGUCGCAUCUACAGCAUAACGGUCAGCAUCCGCAGUCACAACAGCAACAGCUGCCACCGAAUCAGCAGCAAUCGCAGCAGACGCAGCAACAGCAACAAAUCUCAGCCGGCAAUAAUAACAGCAACAAACCAG